CUGAAGUGUACACAUCCAAAACAUACCGCUUACCUGUGCCUGCUUACUUCAUGCUUACUUUUGUGCGGUGUUUUCUUAUUCUACUAAGAGGAACCCAGUGUGCAUCACUCAGCCACUGACAGUUAUGGCGACAAUUGUGAUGGAGAGAAUUGGGCGAGUGUUCAUCAGCCUGCAGCAGAUCAGAGAGGUUCCCCGGAUGUUGACUGAAGCUGCACCCUCCAUGCCUGGCACCGUAAGAGACACUGAGGUUCCCCUCUACUUUAGGGAGCGCUACAUCUGCACUGGCUAUCGACCGCUCAACCAAAGCUGGCGCUACUACUUCCUGUCUUUAUUCCACCGCCACAAUGAGACCAUCAACAUCUGGACUCACUUGCUGGCGUUUUUUGUUUUUUUUGCUAAAUUGGGGCAAGUUGCUAAGACUGUGGACUUUGUUAAUGAUCCUCAUUCGUGGCCCCUGUUGAUCCUCAUCCUGUCCUCCUUGACCUACUCGGCAUGUAGUGUAACCGCUCACCUGCUGGGCAGCAAGUCUGAGCUGUGUCACUAUGUUUUCUUCUUUCUGGACUAUGUUGGAGUAGCACAGUAUCAGUAUGGCAGUGCUGUUGGUCACUUUUACUAUGCUGUGGAUGAGGGCUUGCACAGACACGUGCAUGGCAUCUUCAUGCAAACUGCCAGCAUCCUCAGCUGUUUGUCGUGCCUGGGAUGCUGCUAUAGCAAGUACUACAACCAAAGUCUACCAAAGCGUGUGUGUAAGGUGUGCCAGGUAGUGCCCUCAGCGCUCGCCUUUUUCUGGGACAGCAGUCCUGUGGCUAAAAGACUCAUGUCAUGGUCUACAGCCAGUAAUGACCCAGCUCUUAUCUAUCACUUUGGACAGGUGGCUUUCUUUUUCAGUUGCACCUUCUUCUUCAUCUUCCCUGUGCUUGAGCGCUGCUUUCCCGGCCGGUGCGAUUUUGUUGGACACAGUCACCAGGUGUUCCAUGUUUUACUAUCUUGCUGCACCCUGUGUCAGAUCCAUGUCUACCAACUCGAAUAUGUGUACCGCAGGAAGCUGUACUCACGUCUGCAUAGGAGUAAUGAGGCAGCUCUCUUUGUGCAACUGUAUGUGGUCACUUUGGUUGUAUGCGCACUAAUAACUGCCAUCAUGCUGAGGAAAGCUAAACAAGCGCUUGACUUCAAGGCUAAGUCCAAAAGAUAGAGUAGACAUUGUUGGAACUGUCUAUCUUUUUUUCUUUAACUUGCACAAAAUGACAAGUUGUGUUAUGGUGGGUUGCAUGCUGGACUAUUACCUUGGCUUGGCGAAAGUGACUUCCUGAAGGUUGAGGCAAUCUCAUCUGCGAAAAAACGUGACCAAAAGUAUGGCAUAUAACCUCUGAUACAACCCCUACUUGACAUUGUCAAGCUGCAGUGACACCACAGUGAUAUCUCCUUGUCAUUGUAGGUGGUGAUGGUGACGUAGUAACUACUCCCAAGGCUAGUGGGUAAACUGUUGAAGCUCGCAAGUUAACAACCAACAUGCUAGCUGGCUGGGCUUGUGCAAGUCACCUCCUGGAGCUUGUCUUGGUUGUCUCUUCUUUUCUGUUUUCUUUUCCUCCUGUAUUAUGUUC